AUGAAUGUUGAUGCAGCUUCUGUACUCCGAUCAUUGAAAGAUCAAUGGGGAAACACGCCCCCGAGUUGGGAUAAAUCAAAUGAUCCUUGUGGAGGUUGGGAUGGAAUUUCCUGUAGCAACUCCACCUUACGGGUCCCUGCAAUACCGUGGACUCCAAAUCAGAAUUCAUCGUGGGGUACUGCCACAGUUUAUGAGAAAAUGGUUGCCAACACUGGAUCAGUUGGUAGCUGGGGAACAAGUAGAAAUGAUACGAGUGGAAGCAAGGAAGCUUGGAACAAAAUUGGAGUUUCAUCAGAGAAUGAGACCCGUGGUUUAUUGGUCUUCAUGGAGUGCCAGAGAAGCAGCCAUAGAAUAAGAUAA